GCACUCAAAAGUCAAAUUUGACAAUAUGUCAUUUAAAUCUACUUUGUCAAUUCGCUUUAUCAAACCUCUCUAUAAGUUUUGUACCUUUUCUCCGGUUAAUAAAGUUACUUAUCUUGGACAAAUCGUAAGAACUAUGGCCAGCGAAGGUAUUUCACCGCAAGAAAUCGAAUCAUUAUGCCAGACACCAAGUCCUACGACAAAGGACUUUAUGUUCCAACAAACAAUGUACCGCAUCAAAGACCCAAGAAAGUCUAUACCAUUUUACACUGGAGUCUUAGGAAUGACUCUGUUGAAACAAUUACAUUUCCCCGAGAUGAAAUUUUCUCUAUUCUUCAUGGGUUAUGAAAAUCCAGCCGAAGUACCGAAAGAUGAAAAAGAAAGGACAGCUUGGGCUAUGACUAGAAAAGCUACUUUGGAGUUGACGCAUAAUUGGGGUACAGAAAGCGAUGAUUCAACUUACCACAACGGUAAUUCAGAUCCCCGAGGCUUUGGACACAUUGGUAUACUGGUACCUGAUGUUGACGAGGCUUGUAACAAAUUCGAGCAACAAGGCGUUAAGUUUAUAAAGAAACCGCAAGAUGGAAAAAUGAAAAGCCUCGCUUUCAUACAAGACCCGGACGGCUACUGGAUUGAAAUAUUCACUUCUAAAGUUGUAAAUCAAUAGAUAAAAGUUUUAUAAACGGAUCAAAAAAAUAACAAUGUCAAUAAUAGUUUUUACCAACUUUGAAAGUUACUAAGUAUUGCGGAUUAAUGAGAUAUCCAUAUUAAUUUUAAGUUGAUUUGAACCCAUAAUGUGUAGAUGUUUUUUUGUCAACUUUGAAAAACAUAAAUAUAGGUUACUUGGUUUCCUAUUAUAUAUCUAUCAAUUGUGAUUUGAUUUGAAACACUUGUGUAUCAAAAUAGCCCAAAUAAUCGUUGUUUACUACAGUAAUAAAAUAAAAACUUUUUAAGAAAUUAUUCGUAAGUAGAAAUGUCUUAAAUCAGGAAAAAUAUACAAUUUUAACAAUGA